CCAGGAGUUAUAAGGCCUUGAAGUGCACAAUUUGUUAUAGAAGUUUCACACUUGCUCGGCUAUGUACUUUCACGAUAAUAUCUCUGCAUAAACAAGGAGGAGCACUUGCCAGAGUAGCUCAGGAAAAUAACGAUGACGUCGCCUAGUUCCUGCCUACAUGCAACGAGACAUUGUUAAAUCGUAAAACCAAUAUUCUUAAGCGAGUUUGCAAUAUCGCUUGCGGCACCAUCGAUAAUCUUGGAUGUCUUUGUCGUCUAGCAAGAAGAUCGAGGACUACACACAUAGUUUGAACUAUGAAGCAAACAGCGGUGAGUGUAGUUCGCACAGAUUGCAAUUCACAACUCGACACUGAGUGCCUCAAAGAAAGCAGGAAGAAUUCCGGUUCCGUCGUGAUGUGUCGAAUCCUAUAAGUAAAAGCAGGUAAAAGCCUGAGCAAACCUGCUGUGCUGGGAGCGCUGCGGGCGUGACUCGCGCUGCUGACGCCUCAAAUAGGAACAUACUAAAUAAAAAAAUAAAAAAAUAACUAUGAACAGGUGCCGAUCACGCUGUGCCGCCAAACGCCUUCUCGAAAUGGAGUCGCCAGUAUUAAGCCAGAAGCUUAUAAAGCGGUACAACAGCGUCUGCUUUAUGUUUUCUUUUUAUAUGGAGUUGGGGAUGGUGUUACUGCGGGGGCAGGGGGGGGGGGGGGUGAGCGAGGCAGGCGCUCGUUUACACUCCGGAAUAACUGUGCACUCCGGCAGAACUUGAAGGACAAAAAGAAAGUCAUACUCGGCACAAAAAAAAAAAAAAAACGAAAAAAAACGAACAGUUCUUAACCACAUUAUUAUACAACACACACUACGGUACCUUGUCCGGUGUAAGCGAGCGAAAUAUAAAGUUUAAGGAAAGACGCUCUCAAACGCAGUAUUUCAUUUAAAGGACAUUCCUAUUCGUACAACUCAAUAUCAUAAUUGAAAGAAAUCACGCGGACUACAAUCUGAUAAGACUUGGUUAGCGUGAGGGCGCAAAGAGAUAGAAGCUUACAACAGCUAAUCACACUAUAGUGCAAGACUUCAUUAGAGCAUGAUCGCUUCUUGCACUGCACUUCACUCCGAUCGUAUACUUUCAAAACACCGGUAGGUCGAUGCCAGUAGUCAUCAAAUACAAACAUAAACAUAUAGGACGUUCGCCGCCGCUCACGUAAUCAAGAUCGCCCAUCACUCAAGCACUGCCCGGAGAAGCUAGAAGCAAUUUCAUCAGGUUUGUGAUCCUCGUCCGUGGAAUACAUGUGCACUAUACCCUCGCACCGAAAACAAAACGAAAGCAAAGAGAUGCGCGCAUGCAAUUUCACGAGCACGGAAUUAUAGGCGCGGCCCUGUCGUCGGGCCACGUUUACCCAAUCCCCGCAUGCAAUUUCAAUAUUGCACGGUGAUACCCGUUGACACCGAGCCACUAUCCCCGUCCCGGAACGGGGAUUUAAGCGAACCGUUACCGGCGGGACGGCGCGUUCUCGAGGCGCCUUCCGACAACGGGACGCCGCUGCAGAGCCUUCACCCGCGGCCGGCACGGGACACGCGUUUUCUUCGCGCCCAUCUUUCACUUGGCUGUUUUAUUUUCUUUUUUUUUUUUUUCUCCGGCUGCCACUCAGAGCCGGCAUCCCAAACACGAGGCGGCUGCGGCGGCCGGCGCCCCGAGCAGCGCCGAACGGCGCGAUGGCGGUUGCCGCGAGAAGGUUGGGUGUGGGGUAAGAGGGGGGGGGGAGGGGUCGGGCUCGGCAGACAAGGAAACAAGGUCAUGACUAGUCCUCCUCUCUGGCCGAGCCCGCCCGUCGUAUAAAAUCUAGAACAAGUUCAGGGUGAAAUAGUUGCUGGCUUGGCAUUGAUCCCUGUGGAUGCGGCGCACGACGACCUGCGACGAGCCACAACGUCGUCGACGCUUCGCAACAGACGCCGCCGACCAUCGGCGGGCCACCGUUCACCGCCCCGGCGAAGGAGAAGGACCGCCGAAUCGGUUAUCGCCCCAACGCGCGCUGCAGUGAUCGGACGUUUCGUACGUCGACUUCGACUCUGUGCGUUCGCGAAGGAAGGCUUUCUUCCCGCACCUCCGUUUGUGUCGCCCGAUCCUGUGCCCACGGACGUUUUUCUUUUUUUCUUUCCGACGAUACGCCGCUCGAUUCGUGCCGACCUUGCUGGACUAUAGAGUGGACUACUACUCGCUGCCUUUGACCGUGUUGUGAAACAUCGAGUCGGAUCACCGCCGCCGUUGCCAGGAUGUUGCCGGCCGUGAUAUGUACGCUCCUGUGCGGCAUGGCAACCGCCCAGAACUUCUACCUGCAACAUGGUCUGGCGCCGCCAUACAUGACACCUUCGGUGAUGCCCUACGCGCCGGCCGAGUCCAGUCCCAAGCCAUCCUUCUUCCGGAAGCCUUUCUUUUCUUCCGGUAGCAGCGGCGGAAGUCGUCCGCCCGGCAAGGGCUUCUUCAGGCUACGGGCGCCGUCCUUCCUGUCGGGACUCCGGGGCUCGGCCAGCUCACCGAGGCCGAGCUUCUUCUCCUUCGGGAGGCCGUCGCAGCAGCAACAGCAGCAGCACCAGCCGCAGCCCAUAUUCGCGCACCAGAUCCCGCUCCCGCCGCUCCAGGCAGCCGCGGCGCACGCAACCUUCCAGACGCUCCCGAUGCACGGAGGGCCACGGUUCACCUUCGCUCCCGAAGCCAUGUUACAACACGGACCGACACACAUGGCGCAAGCGACCGAAUUCGCCGAGAGCCAGAUCGACUCGGACCGAUCCCCCGGAAGCUUCCCGGGCCUGUCAUCGCUCUUUCAGCCGCAGACCAGCGAGUCGUUCGGCUCCUCGGUUGGCGACCAGGACAGCUUCCAGCAGCACGUGAACUCGGUCGUGCAGAUUUCGCCGUCGUCAAACAACGCUUACAGCUACAAGACAGGAGGAUCGAGCGUCUACAACGGAAUCAUGACGGCGCAGCUAGGAGUGCCCGUGAGCUUGACCAACUACGGCGACGGCCCCGUGGCCAUUCCGGUCGGGGCGACUAGAGGCCAGCAGGGAGAUGGAUCUGGAACGGACUCGCAGAGCUACACGCCUUCCGCCGAGAUCUACACGCAGUCGCAGGGAUCUAGCGCGCAGAAGGAGCAGUCGUCGUCGGCAGACCAGCAGUACAGCACGUUCGCUACUGCCUUCCAGCAAGCACAGCCGGCCUCGGCAGGGUACGGCCAGAGCAGCUCCUCGGGAACUCGCUACUCGUCGUCGCCUUCGUCUGAUCCCACUUUAACUUUCUACGCACCUCAAUCUAGCUCUGCCUACAGUGGUUCCCCUCAGACGUAUACGCUUUCAUCUGGCGGCGGAUACGUCGGCUCUUCUCCGUCGGCAUUUAUCGGUGGACUCACGAGUGGCUAUGAAACGAGCAUCACAAAUCACGGAUCAGGCUCGAACAAAUACGGGCCGGCCUACAGCCUCGUAGGGAGCGGCAACUAUCCUACGUCCUCUUCCGGAAGCUACGGUAGUUCACAGCCAUCGUCAUACACUUCCUCUAGCGGCGCCUACAGUCCGUCAAGUUACGGCAGUUCGUCGGGCCGCUACACAGUGCCAACCAGGUCGUACACUUCGAGCCAGCCGUCGUCCGGGUACUCGUCGGCGUACUCUAGCGGAUCACCCUCCAAGUACAGCACAACGGGAAGUGCCUACUCAAGCGGCUACGGUAGCAGCUCGUCGUCCUCUCUCCCGAGCUCAUCCGUUGCGUACGACAACUCUCAAUCGAACUACGGCUCCUACGGACAGCGCUAUCCUUCGUCCUCUUAUAGCACCUCUUCGCAGUCGUCUUACUCGCCGAAACGACCAGCCACGAACUAUGCCAGCACAUCCACAUCCUACAAAAACUCGCAAGCAGCUGCGGCCGUAGCGCAGGCUCUGAAGGCGUACGCAGCUGGGAAUGCCAAGUACGGGUCUACAAAGACCUCGUCUCCGAGCACGGACAGCUCCUACUCGACGUCUUACGGCUCUUCGUCGGGCGCGACGAGCUACGGUGACAAGAGUGCCGCAGCUCCGUACUUUAGGGCCAAGACGUCGUCCUCAGCGUACAACAAGUACAGCGACGCUUCCUUAGGCUACACAGACAGCGGCAGUGACAGUGGAAGCAGCGGCACUAAGACGUCGUCCAAGUCGUCGUACGAUCAGAGGACCGUGGGCCAGACGCUUCGGGUCAGCGGAGACAGCGCAAGCAGCAGCGACGCGUACACCACGUCAACGAGAACCACGAGCAGCACACCCAGUAAAUCGAGUACAGUCUAGGCCAGGUCUAUAAUGGCGCCGUUAGGUUGAGAGGCACACAGAUAAGAUAGUAAUGAGCUUCGGAAGAGUACCAUGCCUCGCACAAACGCGUCCGGGCCGAAGUAUUGAGCAAAAGCAGCAGCAACGGUCCCGAACAGAGUACUCACAAAACAAGCAAACGAAAACGCCUAGUGAACAAUACUUGCAAGACAGUUACGCGAUUUCUUACUCAUAGACUACUUUCAACAUUAUGAUGUCACUUGUGUCCCUUGUAAACCUCUUCGAGAUAACGACGACCGUCUAUUUCUUAAUCUUUGAUUAUACUAGCCGGCAGCGCCGGCUAAUCUUCAAUGAGAAGCGCAUUCAUGUUAUUUACUCCAUGCAUUUACUCUGUCGUCAUAUGCAGGUAUAUAAUAUUCCUUGCUGCUUUUAUUCUUCACGGGUUGCAUAAAGGAAACCAGGAGCUAUUUCUCGUGCUACUUAUCUGGAACGAAGGGGUCCCACCGCAGACAUAUAAUUCCAAGGAAGCAAGCAUGAGAAGGCUCCUAGUACGGUAUCCCUGCAUCAAACACUGCCGUCCUACAUACAUUUAUCGCGGGACAAACACCAGCGCUAAAAUUUCGCAACACUCCAGCAGCUGGACUGUGGUGGUGUACUCGAGUCAUACAUUGCACUGAACGUAUGUAGAGCAAGGCAGCGUUCCAGGUGCCUAGACUUGCCGCUAUGUGCCUCUCAACCUAAUGGGUGGAAAUGCAAUUUACAAGGAGCGCAUGGGAACGGGUAGACGAGCCGGUCAGCCUUUAGAGUUUGGCCUUACGAGGCGGUAGUGAAAUGAGCGAUGAAGAAGAAGAAGAAAAAAAAAUGUACAUACCGAGAACGCUCCCAAGGAGCUUGUUUCAGACCUAACGCUAUGUGUCUUUGCUGUCCUUCCCUUGCUUAACGCUUUUUCAGUGAUGUCUUCCCGUACCUUCUCAGUCAUCUCCCUCCUCUUUUAUAUCGUCGUGCAGAAGAGAAAGAAAAAAAUCAUCUUCAUCAUACCCUAAUGAGAGAGCGAGAGAGGCACCUACCAAUUACAUGAUAUCAGCGCCCUGCAUGAGGUCACCAUGUCGUGUGUGUGUUCUUCUUACCUUUUUAUUAUUUGUUUUUCGAGUGCUUAUAGUGCCCUAUUUAUGACAUACUGAUCGUUUCCUGCCUCCGUUCACCACCUAAUUCCUACCUGUAGUUGAUUUUUCUUUACAUAUACGUGUAUGUAAGCAACUUGUAUUUCCUGUUUGCAUCCGUGUCAGUGGGGCGAGCAAAAGAAGAGACGUAGCUGGGCGCCUACAGCAUACAUGCAUUACCUCUACUUUUGAAUGACCGUUUACUUUUGCCGCCAUUUUUUAUUUAUGCCGAAAAAAAAUAAACAAAAAAAAAACACACAUCUAACAAA